UGGCAGCGAUUGGCAGCGGAGGCGGGCGGUUUUCUCUCCACGCUCGAGCUACCGUCGAGUAGAUAUCGUUUUCCGCUGGAGGUGCAGGCGAGCCGUAUAAAGCCUGCGGUCGGCUCUGCUCGGCAGCUCAGUAUCUCCUCUCCGCUCGAAGAUGAAGGCCUGUCUGUUUGUCCUGGCCGCUCUGGCCGCGGUGGCCACCGCCAUGCCACGCUACGCCCUGGUUCCUAUGGAGGAGCUGCCCUACGCUCCUCCGCGACUGAGGGUGGCUCGCGCCGCGCAGCAGUACGACAGGGACGUCUACCAGCCGGAGCCUUCUGAGCUGAGGCCGGCGCGUCAGGCGGGCCACCCGGGCGGCUACGGCGACCAGGUCGACUACGGCGCGUACACGGGCGGGUACGGCGCCUUCGGCUGGUAUGCCGACUACCCGGUGUACUCGUACGACAAGUACCACCGCUAAACACAUCACCUGACCUCCGCAACGAGCCACCGCCAGCCGGCUGAGACGCCAGCGUGACCUAUAGGUCACUGUAUCGCCCGAGGCAGGUCAUCAUCAUAUCGCCCAAGGCAGAACAUAUCAAAACGACCGAGGCGAGUCGUUAUCACAUCACCGAAUCGACAGCCCGACCACCGAUCUGCAGAGUUGUGCAGCACCGCCACCGAGCUGGCCUUUGUUGAGAACGAUGAGCCGCUGCCACAGGCGUCUGUUUGCUGUUAUGUGUCCGGCAGUGCAGCCGUCUUUCAAUUGAAAUGUGUAUUGAAUGUGCAAUAAAACGACAUGUCCAGUGAGA